AAAGGUCAUGCCAUUUGUGUACCCUGUAAAGAGAAGAUGGCCGACGAUCAGAUACAAUUUGAAACUCUUUUGAACACCUUAUUAAAUCCAGAAAACGACAUCAGAGUUAAAGCUGAGGAAGCCUAUGAUGGUGUACCUACAGUCUCCAAAUUACCCUUCCUUGUGACAGCCUUGAAAAACAAAAAUUUAUCUGUGGAGGUUAGGACUCUUGCUGCAGUGCUGUUAAGACGUUUAUUUGCCAACAAUUUCGAGGAGUUUUGGCCUCAGGUUCCUGUAGAUAUUCAAAAUGCGGUCAAAGAUCAGGUUCUUUUACUUAUCCAAGAGGAGACUUCACCGCCUGUCCGUAAAAAAAUCUGUGAUGCCGUUGCAGAACUGGCCAGGAAUCUUAUUGACGAUGAAGACAAUGUAACAUGGCCAGAGGUUCUGAAGUACAUGUUUGAGUGUGCUAAUUCUGCUGACCCAGGUCUACGAAGUGGUGCUCUUCACAUUUUUGGUCAGGUCCCAGGGAUAUUUGGAAACCAACAGGCUCACUACUUGGAUGUUAUCAAACAGAUGUUAACAAGGUGUUUAAAUGACACAGGGAAUUUCGAGGUGCAGUCGGAGGCCGUCCAAGCCAUGACGGCUUUUCUCUCGACCAAUGACAACUCUCCAAAUCUCUUGGCAAUGUUCAAAGACCUAAUACCGCCCAUGAUUCAGUUAAUAAAUGAGAGUGUGAGCUCUCAGGAAGAUGAUGCCCUGCUGAAAUGCUUGAUUGAACUGGCAGAAAAUGUGCCAAAAGUUUUGAGAUCUCAUAUGGAAUCCAUUUUCCCAUUUUGUUUGAAGAUUGUUUCGGAUUGUAAUUUGGAGGAUUCCUGGAGACAGCUAGGGUUAGAGGUCAUUGUUACCUUGUCAGAGACGGCACCAGCAAUGGUGCGAAAAAAUGCCAAGUUUAUGCCACUUCUAGUGCCCCAGGUGCUGGCCAUGAUGGUGGACUUAGAGGAGGAACCUGAUUGGUCAGUCCAGGACGAGCCAGAUGAAGACGACACAGACAGCAAUGCUAUAGCAGCAGAGAGUGCCUUGGAUCGGUUAGCUUGUGCUCUAGGAGGAAAGACCAUGCUGCCUCAUAUCUUGUCCAAUGUCCCUCAGAUGUUACAAAACAAUGACUGGCGCUACAGACAUGCAGCGCUAAUGGCCAUCUCAGCUUGUGGCGAGGGCUGUCAUCAACAGAUGGAAACCAUGCUGGGAAACGUGUUAGAAGCUAUAAUGCCAUUCCUCAAAGAUCCACACCCAAGGGUUAGAUAUGCAGCUUGUAAUGCCCUAGGACAGCUGUGUACAGAUUUUGGUCCUGUCUUUCAAAAGAAGUUCCAUGACAAGUUAGUUCCUAGUUUGCUACAAGUGCUGGAUGACAAUGCGAAUCCUCGCGUUCAGGCCCAUGGUGCUGCCGCCCUGGUAAACUUCAGUGAGGAGUGCCCUAAAGCUAUCCUGUCACAGUAUCUAGAUGUUAUCAUUCUUAAAUUGGAAGAAGUGCUCAACAGCAAAUUCAAAGAGCUUAUGGAAAAAGGAACAAAGAUGGUUUUAGAGCAGAUAGUGACUACCUUGGCGUCGGUAGCGGACACGGCCGAGGAGAAAUUCACAUCUCACUACGACAGGUUCAUGCCCUGUCUGAAGUACAUUGUACAGAAUGCUGUCCAGCCAGAGUUACGGUUACUGAGGGGGAAAACCAUCGAGUGUAUUAGUCUGAUUGGAUUGGCUGUUGGUAAAGAAAAGUUUAUACAAGAUUGCAGUGAUGUCAUGCAACUGCUUCUAAAACAUCAAACAACCCAAGAGGAAAUGGCUGAUGAUGACCCCCAGCUUUCAUACAUGAUCUCGGCCUGGGCCAGAAUGUGUAAAAUCAUGGGAAAGGAAUUUCAGCAGUACCUACCUAUUGUCAUGGGUCCUGUUCUCAAAGCAGCAUCACUCAAACCAGAAGUGGCCUUAUUAGACAGUGAAGAAAUUAAAGACAUGGAAAGUGAUACGGAGUGGCAGUUUGUGACUGUCGGUGAUCAGCAAAGUUUUGGGAUUCGAACCGCUGGUCUGGAAGAAAAGGCCACCGCCUGUCAGAUGUUGGUUUGUUAUGCUAGGGAGUUAAAGGAAGGUUUUGCCGAAUAUGCAGAGGAGGUUGUCAAAAUCAUGGUCCCAUUACUCAAAUUUUACUUCCAUGAUGAUAUAAGAAUUGCUGCAUCAGAGAGUUUGCCCUACUUGAUUGAAUGUGCCAAGAUCAAAGGUGAUCAGUAUGUUGCUGAGAUGUGGCAGUUCAUUUGUCCCAGUUUGCUGAAAGCCAUUGAAAUAGAACCAGAAAAUACUGUGUUACCAGAGCAUAUGAACUCCCUUGCCAAGUGCAUUGAAAAGCUAGGCAGGGGCUGCUUAUCUGCAGAAAACUUACAGCUUCUGGUCCAGCUGAUGGAGAAACAAUUAGUAGCACACUUCAAAAGACAGGAAGAAAGACAUGAAAAACGGAGAGAUGAAGAUUAUGAUGAAGACGUAGAGGAGACUUUGUUAGAUGAGGAUGAUGAAGAUGUGUACAUUUUGAGUAAGAUUUCGGACACCAUCCAUGCCUUAUUUGGAACACAUAAAGAAGAAUUCCUGCCAGUCUUUGAACAACUGCUCCAUCAUUUUGUCAAGUUACUGGCUGCUGAUCGGCCGUGGCCAGACAAACAGUGGGGACUCUGUAUCUGGGAUGAUGUGAUAGAGCACUGCGGAGGACAUUCUGUAAAGUAUCAGGAGUACUUUUUAAAGAGCAUGCUAGAGUAUGUCUGCGACAAACAGCCCGAGGUUAGGCAGGCUGCCGCAUACGGUGUCGGCGUCAUGGCCCAGUUUGGAACGGAAGCGUAUGCAGCUACAUGUGCAGAGACCUUGCCAUUACUUGUGAAGGUGAUACAGGACCCGGAAUCUCGGUCUGUAGAAAACAUCAACCCUACAGAGAAUGCCAUAGCAGCUGUAACAAAGAUCUGUAAAUACAACAGCAGCCAGAUCAAUCUGAACGAGGUCCUACCUGUCUGGUUCAGCUGGCUUCCUGUGUGGGAGGAUGAAGACGAGGCUGUACAUACGUACAAUUAUCUGUGUGAUCUGAUCGAGGCAAACCACCCCUUAAUAUUAGGAGCUAACAAUGAGAACCUGCCACGUAUAAUCAGCAUUAUUGGGGAGGCACUGAGUCGAGAAGCUGUGAGUUCAGAAGAUGACUGUUAUCCUCGUAUGUUGAACAUUGUACGACAAGUACAGGGAAACCAGGACAUGUUCCAGGCCUGUAUACAACAGUUAUCAGAGGAACAGAAGGAAGCAUUAUCUCAAGCUUUAUCCAAGGGCUGACCUCCUACAAACUAGUCGCUAUACCAGACAUUUUAUCUUAGUGGUGUGUGGCAAAACAGGGACAGACAUUGUGAUCUAGCUUGGAUGAACUGCUUAGCUUUUACCAUUGCUGAAGACCAGGGCUUUCAUAAACUAUCGGGAUUCAAUCCUACAAACUUUAUAUUCUGUGCAAUUGUUACCAAUGCUGUGAAUGAGUGUGAGUGUAUAGACUGAUAGAAUGUGACCUUUUUCAAAACCAGAAGUUUCUGAGUACAUACUGCUUCCUUCACAGUUAGGUACACCUCCUCCCCCCCCCUCCCCCAAUUACCCCCUUUACUGAGCCUGACAAACUAGAGGGGAGGAAAAUUUGCACUCCUAGACUUUUGUUAUUACUAGAUUUGUAGACAUAAUGAGAUUCUAGACUUAGAUACACUGUCAUGCAGUUUGACAUCAGUCAACAUUCUGUUCAUGUUUGUGGAAGUUUUAAUUCUUAGAAUUUCAAUUGCUGGAGCUGCAAGAGUGUGAAGGUGGAGAUUAUUUCCUUACAGAAGUGUGAAGCUUCAUGAUAAAUAGGACUAUAAUAAUUACAUUAUAAUUUUAUUUCUUAAAUGCUAGAAAAGGUUGUUAUAUUUUAUGAAAUAAAUGAAUUUGCAUUGUAAAUAUAUACAAAAUUUAUAUAAUGUAAUAUUUUGAAAAUUUACUUUAUAUUGCCCCAUUCCCCCGAAAGCACUUCAUCUGUUUCUCUACAAAAAAAUCAUUAUCAUUCCAGAGAUUGAUUUUAAUUAGAAGAUUAUGCUAUUGUGCUAGGAUGAACAUGUAUAUCAUUUGGAACCGAUUUGUUGCCUUUGUUAAAUGCUUAUGUUGUUUUGGAUUGUUUUAAGAAUAUCCUUGUGAAAAUACAAUUGUUAUACUCUCAGUUGAACUUCAGUAGCCUCAAUCAUUCAUGUCUCUAAUACCACGGAUAUGUCAAAGUGUGUUGUAAUCCCAACCACUUCUUUUUUCUAUGAAAAUUAUCACCAGUAUCUGGAAUUUUUCAGGCUUAUUGUACUUUUACCUUGCAGUUUGUUAAAAAAAAUCUUUUAUUCUCAGUAAAUACAGUGUACCUUUCUCCAUUUUAUUUCAUAUAAAAAACAUCUACCGCAGUAUAUUUUUGGGUGGAAAUUCAUACUCUUUUAUACUGUAUUGUAGUAGUUAUAAUUUCUGUCAUAUUCUAAAUCUGUCAUAUUCCAAAUAGGUUUUAUUAAAUUUUUUUUUUAAACAAGUAUACAAAAAAAAUUGCUACAUUGGAGCCUCAUUUAUCCGGACGCUUUGGUCCUAGUCAAUUUGUCUGGAUAUGUGAAGCGUCCGGAUAUCUGAAUUACCAGUUAAACAAGAACAGAUAACAUUCAAAAAUUCUGUUCUGAGGAAAAGUCGUUCGGAUACUGAAGCAUCCGGAUAUCUGGCGUCCAGAUAUCUGAGGGUCCACUGUAAUUGCUUUACCAUUUUGAAAUGUGCACUACCUUCUAGUACUUUCAUAACUUUUGCUUAAUGUUUUAAAAUGUGUAGCCAUUUGUGAAAACUUAAAAUUUACUAAUUUCCCAGAGAUUUCUUAUUGAGAAACUAGCUUUUGAUUACCUGGUAUUUCACUGGCAUUCACUUGACACUAGGAGUUGCAGUAUGUGAAAAUGGCAGAAAAUGUUAACAUAUGAAUUAUAUACUGUUAUGAUGAUAUGCAACUUAUUAAAAAUUCUAUAAAACCA